GUAGUCGUAGAAUCUCGCCGCGCUGUCGUCGCCGCCGCUGCUGCCGUCCCGGGCGCUUGGAGUCGGAAUCGUCCGCGGCGGCUGCGGCAUAAUCUCGCCACACGACGCGCGGAUCAACUCUCGGCGUCCGAAUGUUUACCCUCCGCCACUUCGACCAUGCUGUUACGCAUCGGCCUGCGGUUCGCUGCAGCAAGCCGCCUCUGCCCUCUUCCUGAUCGUGCUGGCACAGCCACCACUGCUGCAUUUGCAUCAGCCACUGCAAACUUGGUCUUGGCACAAUGCCCAAGAAAGGACCAGGAUGAGCAACAGGGAUAGUCCACUCAAGCAAAAUAACGUCCCACCAGGACAGCAGUCAACCGCAGCAAGGAGAGGGCAUGACGACAGUUGCCAGCCCACAAAUGUGGCCACGAUACCAUCCACAAGCACUUCAGAAAGUGACUCGGCUCAUACACCCACUGCAAGUAAUACUUCGCACUCUGCCGCUGCACCCAGUGCAAGACUUACUUGUUCGAAAGAGAAUGAAUCAUUUCCAAGGACAAGCUCUUCACCGGGAGUCUUGGACAACCAUUCUGCGUCGUUAGGGUCGGAUGGUGCGGUUCGUGCUCAGUCAGACGUCGCCUUGCCUACCUCAGAUGAUAAGUUGUCCGCAAAGCCAGGCAAUGAACUUCCACUGCGUCGCUCAAAUAGUGACAGGCCCAGCUCCCAACCCUUGGUGCCAAAGGUGUGUGCUGACGUGAGUCGAACACUCAGUGUGCCUGUGGUUACUUCAAAACAGCCAUGUUCUUCACCAGCCAGGAGGGGACACUUGGAGCAGGGGGCUUUAAGGAGAUCACCAAAUCGUGCCACAGACUCAGUGGCACAAGCGCAGGAUUCAAUGCAAAUCGACCCAAAGACAGACGAGUCACCGCCAAAUGGAAUCUCUUCACACGACCAAAAAUCAGUGCUGCGAAGUGAAGCUGCACUAAACACCACCAUGGUGCAGCAAAGUGUCACGACAGCAGCCGAGGCCCCAUCACAGCCCACAUUUUCAAGCCACCGGGAUUCCCAGUCGUCGGUGCAAAGUACAAGUGAUGCCAGCUCCAUAGAAGUGACGGUGGCCACCCCACCGUCCAGCGAGAAAGAUCUACCAGCAGCGACGAAACUCGAGCUGUGUGGGAUCAGUGCAUCUGUGAACAGUGUGGCAUGCUCAUCUGAUUCCGAUUCUCACGAAAGUGCAAAGGGCAGCCUUGUGUCCACGGAUACGGAUUCGGCGCUCCGAGUUCAGUUCACUGCUUCGGGUGGGAGGGAGAGGAGGGACAGCAGUGGAACACUCUCUCUCAACCAAGCCCAGAUGAUUCCCAAGUCAGUAUCAUUUCAUAGCGGCACAAGCUUACCUGCUGAACGAAAGAUCUGUAGUGCUCACGACUGUCUUCAAUUUAUGAUCACUGGCAGCAGCCUUCUUAAGAUCAGGGCUAGCUCUCGUCAGUACCGUCGCUACUUCACGCUUGAAGAAGAUCUCACGGCUAUUAAGUGGGUGCCAUCUUCAAAGAAGUCCAACAAAGCACGCUUAUCUAUACGCUCUAUACGAGAAAUCCGAAUCGGCAAGAGCACUGAUGUGCUGAGGGACAAGGAAGUGGCGGGAUGUUAUUCCGAGGACUGUGUCUUCUCUGUCAUAUAUGGUGAUGACUUUGAAUCGCUUGACCUCGUGGCCUCUACUCCCGACGAAGCCAACUUCUGGGUCACUGGCUUGAACAUGCUCAUUGCAGCCAAUCGAUCACCCGAUAACCUGGAUGAACGGCAGCGCAUGAGAGAAAAGUGGUUGCAGGAGAUGUUUGAGAAGGCUGACACAGAGAGGAAGGGACUUUUGGAUGAAGUGGAAACUAUAGCCCUAGUUCAGAAACUUAAUAGCCAGCUUAGUGUUGUCCGGUUGAAGCAAAAAAUGAUGGAGUUUGAUGUUGGAAAGACAGAGCAAGACCGGGGCAGGAUCGACAGGUCUCAAUUUGUGAGCUUGUUCAAGGAGCUGGCUACUCGUCCAGAGGUGUAUUUUCUCAUGGUCAGAUACUCUGGCAAGGACUACCUUACUGUUGAAGACCUCCAGUUUUUUCUUGAAGGAGAACAGGAGUUUGAGAACAUCACUGUUGAUGAUUGCCUGAGGCUAAUACAACGAUAUGAGCCUUCAGAAGAGGCCAAGAAAAACAAGCAGAUGCUCUUGGAUGGGUUUACACUCUUUCUGCUGUCAGAUGAGUGCAGCCUAAUGGACCAGGCACACAAGCGGGUGUUUCAGGAUAUGGACCAGCCUCUCUGCCACUACUUUAUAUCUUCAUCACACAACACCUACCUUAUGGAAGAUCAAUUAAAAGGACCUUCAAGCAUAGAUGGCUAUACUCAGGCACUCAGCCAGGGAUGUCGUGUUGUCAAAGUGGACUGCUGGAGUAGCUCUGAGGGGCCUGUGGUGUUCCAUGGCAACACAUUGACAGGAAGAGUGCCACUGAGUGCAGUGCUGGACACUAUUCGAGAGCAUGCUUUCCAGGCUUCUGACUACCCGCUAAUUCUCCAUCUCGAGAACCACUGCUCACCUGAAGCUCAAGAAGAACUCGUGGCCUUGCUCAUGGAGAAACUGGGUGACCUGCUUUACAUUCCCGGCAGAGAUGGCGAGGAGUUCACCACCAAGUUGUCGCCUCAAUCCUUGAAAAGGAAGAUCAUCAUAAAGAGUAAGAAGCUUCCUAAAGACUCUGAGGCGGCGGAAAUAUCUGAAGAGGAUGAUUUUGUUGACAAAAACAGCAAUAGCUCGGAGUCUCCCAAGAAGCUGAAGCUCAUCAAGCCCCUGUCUGACUUGGUGGUGCUGUCAAGAAUCCAUUUCACUGACUUCACAACUUCGCAGCAAUCUCAGGCAGAGAAUGAGGUGUGCACGUUCAGUGAGACCUCUGCUCUCAAGCUGGGUCACGCCUUAGCCGACGAAGUGGCAGCGCACACUCGGCACUUCCUGGCACACGUCUCACCAACUGCCAGUCGUGUUGACUCGAGCAACUACAAUCCUCUGGAACUAUGGGCAUGUGGCUUCCAGAUGGCGGCCAUGAACGUCCAGACAUCCGGCGUCUCGAUGGACCUGCACCGUGGCUGGUUUCAACAAAAUGGCGGCUCUGGCUAUGUGCUCAAGCCUCCCUGCCUGCGCCAACCAUGGUCUGUCUUCAAUGCCUACCGACGGGAAACAUUCUCUGACAAUGAGCCGCUUUACCUGCGAGUCAAGAUCAUUAGUGGCCAGCAGCUGCCACUGCCCAGGGGUGCCUCAAGCAAAGCCACAGCCAUCGACCCUUACGUGACAGUGCAGGUGUUUGGGAUUCCCACGGACUGCGCUGAAGCGCGCACAAAAACGGUUUCCAACGAAGGUCAUUCUCCUAUUUUUGAUGAGUGCUUCGAGUUCACAGUGGCUGCUCCAGAGCUUGCUGUUCUUCGCUUCGCCGUCCUGGAUGAUGAAUUCAUUGGUGAUGACUUCAUUGGCCAGCACUCAAUACCAGUGUCAAGCCUGAAAACAGGCUACCGCCACGUCCAGCUCACGUCGGACACUGGCAAAGUACUUGAAAACUCCUCGCUCUUUCUUCACGUCACCAUGAGCACCCGGUCAGGAGACAAGAAAUUAAGAAGGAAACGAUCCUGGCAGACUCGACCACAGGCGGAGAUGAGGCAUGUUGGUAUUCGUCACCUUGACGAAGCUUUCAAGGGGUCAGCUGGAGCAUUGAAUGAGUGCCAGCGGCUCAAGGGAUCCUUAGAUCGUGCCAUGCUUGAGUGCUGCGAAGAGUGUGGCCUGCCAAGCAGUGCAAACUUGGCCCAGUGCCUGCGAGCAGCAGCACUGCGAUUGGCUUCGGCUUCUGAAGUGGUCGGCAUCAGCAUCGUCGAAGAGAAAGGGUACCCGGUGUUCAAGGUGCAAGGUGAACCCUCUGUAAAGGCAUCAAAACUGGUGACCGCAUUUGACAAGGUGCUGGCUGAGUGCAAGGCCAUUUCCGAGACAUCACACUCUGUUUUCAAGACAUUGAAUGAGUUGUACCAGACCAUGAAAAGUUUCUCCGAGGACCUGAAUGGCACAUGUGCAGCAGUUGGCCUCAAAGGAAAGAAGGCUGAGAAGGCUGCCGAGCACUUUCUAUGGAACGCCAGCAUUGUAGAGUCGAGGAUGGACAUGCUUCGUAAAGUGGAUAAAGAAAGUCGGGUGUGCAUGAAACAGGUACUUCGACUUGGGCAGACUGCGAGACGGCUCUACCAACGAGAACGAGAAGGGUCGUCAUCGCGCACACAGUCUGCAUCGUCUUCUACGGGAAGCACGCUCUCUCCACCAGGGGCCAACACACUUGGCUGCCCACAUCCCCCUCCGCCGACGCCGACAUCUCCAGGUGGCAGCGACACACGAAUACGAGGCAUCCUCAAAAAGACAUCGAACCACCCUCCGCCUCUGAGCUCUCUGGAGGCCGUCAGUGCAAUGGACAAUUCCAACGGAGGAGAGCCGCCGCUUACUCCUUCGCCGUCGCCUCGGGUGAAGCAGGCGCCAAAUCCUACGGAGCUUGGCACAUCGCUCUAGUCGUUGCGGCAGCUCUGCGCCCACCUCGAACUAUGCCGUGAAGUGCAACGGGGUCUCCAAGUCAUCCACAUGCCUGAUGUUCGGAACAUUCAGCAGAUGACAGAAUGGUAGUGGUGCAUGUUUUGAAAGUUCCAGCCAUGCUGCUUGCGUGACUUGCCAACAUGUCCAGUUGUGUGGACAUUUGAGCUUAGUGAACAGGGGAAACAGAGAUGUGGCACUUUAUUUCUUGGCCAGGCCACCUUCAGAGCUUGCCUAACGUGCCAGCUUGGAAGGGUGUGGAACCAUCUCUCAGUUCAUAUAGAGCUCGUUUCCUCUGACGAGCAGUUAGAAGGUGCAAGCGUAGGUAUGCACUUUCAAAUCAUGACUUGGCUUGUGUAGCUUCUUCUGUAGCUGUGGAUGUUGUGAAAGGUGAGUUCUCAAACAAGUCAGAGCUGCGUUUCAAAAUUCAGCAUAGUGCUAGUCAAACAUAAAUGACUGCGUUGAACUCUUAUUACUAAUUUACACGAGCUGUGUGCACACUGACGUGAGUAGCCAGUGGAAGACCCUUUGCACAAAUGUACAUUCUUUAAAGUUCAUGGGCUAGUCUCAAUUCCAAGGUCAUCACAUCCAAUGUAGCACUACAGCAGAUUGGGUUUUGGCCAAACAAUGACUGAAGGUCAUGACUUUUGUCUCUGCAGUUCUGUGCAGCCUGGUUGAACCUGGAUUCAUAGAGGGAUGGGGCUGAAGAGAUAGAGCAAAGUUGAAUUUAAGGCAAGUUGAGGUGCAGUGCCACACGACUUUCUGAGGCAACGUUGACCUUUCGUUGGUCCCACUUAUCCCACUAUAAACUACUGCUUUGUUACCACCUGUUACAAGCGUCUGCUGCAUACUAUGUAUGCACUUAUUGGUCUGAUGUCACGGGUAAACCUUGACACGAAGACUACUUUAUUGUGUGCAUAAGCAAGUAACUAUUUAUAGCCCUGAGUCUUCCUUCUGCUGCGCAGAACUGUGGAGCUGUAAUGUUGAGCUUGUGUGCCUGGUGCACAGGUACAGCGGCUGCUGCUUGCAUGCAACAAAGGGUGCAUCUGUGUGUGCAUCGCCUGUGCCAAUGGUGUUGAGGUGCCUUUCACAUCAGUGAUGAUAUGCGUGAACCGUCGACUUGAGGCUAGCCCAUGCUCUUCAGAGGGGUCACGUCAACAGUGUCAGUCGCAAGUGUCGAGCAUAGUGACACAAUCAAGGCUACUCCGAAUUUGCGACCGUAGCAUUGGCACGAGCUUGGCGAGAAACGGUGAUAGUCAAUGUGCCGCGACUUUCUGUAAAUGCGGUUCACAGAUUGCUGUGUUUGCCGUGGCAUCUGUGGGUGGCUUACCUCGAGUCAUCCAUGUGUAUAUAGUUGAAACAUAAUGAAGAUGUCUGUCAUUCCCAAGAGCAUAACUAAAUCUUGAGAGUGCUUGGCUAUGGCAGAAAAGCCGACUGCUGUCGAGAAAGGGAGGGCCUUGCACAGCUAACUUAGAUGCUGGGCUCUCUGCUGAGAGUCUGUAUAUAUUGAGUAACUGACCAGUGUUCACCUUUUUGCUUUAACUUAUUGCGGAGAAGGAGGAGGACCUUCUUUUUCUUCCACGUGUUGAUAGAAUCCUUCAGAGUGGCGGUGGCUUUCUGGAUCACCACUAGCUAGUUUUUGUUGUGGGGUACACUACGUUGUUUGGCUGUUGUCAAUACGGUAGACUGAGCUCAAGCUGUACUUUUGACUUGAAGAGGAGGAAAAAAAAAUUUUAUCAUAAUCGGAGGAAGCUCUUUUGCUCUGUAUUUCAGAGAGGCAACAAGGAACACAAAUCUCUUGUGGCAUUUGCUGCAGCUGCUUUGUGAUAGGGUAACGUAUGGAAUGUGUGCAUAAUCUAAGUUGUUGAAUUGUUGUCUAUGGAAGCCUGCUGCAUAAUAUGUAUGCUGCAUGGUCACAAAGGUACUGUUGCAAGACUAGGAUAUUGUUAGGCAGUAUUGCAGUUCUCCUGAACAUUUAAAGAGUAAUGUUGCUAUUUCGCUUGAUUUUCUGGCAUUAGAGCAGAAGAAAUACUGCCUCAAAGAGUGCCGCCAGAGCUCAAAGGCUCCUGGCCCCCAUCUAGGCAGGAUUGCCCCCCCCCCACAAAUCUGCUGGCAACCAAAAUCAAAGUUAUUUCUCUCUCUCUCUCUCAAAGGCAUGGCCAAAUGAAUUUAUGGGGCACUUAUUGGUUAAUUCCCAACCUGUUAGCUUUGUAGUUUGUGAUGAUUAUGCACCAGGCAAGACAAUUAACUGCACAUGCCAAGUAAAAAAAAAAGGAUUUUGAGCGUUUCAAUAGACUAACAAAACAAAAAACGGUCUCAGCAUUUUGAUUUGAUUAUUUAGCCCAUAGGUGAAACUUCCCUUAGUGCUUGUUGAGGAAUGAAUCAAUACUCAGUUGAGACACCUGUCCUCUAAGCUUGGUAUGUUUUAGUUGCCCCAUAUGUGAAGUGAACUAUUUUGUCUGGUAUAAUAAUGUCCCCAUCCUUUGGCAUAAAAUUAACCUGUUUGAAGUUAAUGCUGUAUUUGUCCCAUUUCCUCCUUUCUCCUCAUUCGUUAUAUGCUGCUCGGCUUGGAAGUGCACGGAGAGGUUUCUGAAGAGUAGGCGUUGGUGGUUUCUCAUGUUUUGUGCAGUAAGUUUUAACAGUUCUUUUUGGAACUGGACAUGCAAGUGUGAUGAAAAAAAAAAUGUUGAAGAGGAUUUUUAUUCUUGCUUUACGACAUGAUAGAGCUUGAUAAACUGUGUUCCAGUGGCACCAGGAUGUUCGAAUUAGCAAGGUUAAAGAAAACACUUACAAGCACGAUAUUCCUUGUAAUCGGACCGCUCUCAAAUGGCCGUCCUUUAUUUGUUUUGAUGUCUUUGUUUUAUGUACAGUUAUUUGCGUGCAUGCACUAUAGUUGAAGAAUCAAGCCUUUUUUACACCUUUUCAUCAACGUGAUCAAGGUGCUUCACAAUCCCAGUCCUGGCACUGCAGUUAGUACAUGCGUACCGUGUGCACACUUUGCCACAAGAAAUUUUGUGGCUUGCUUGUAAUAGGUGAGUUUGAGGCUGGUAACUCAGUGCCCAUUAGGAUAAGGAGCCUUGCUUAGCUGUGCAAUUGUUCCGUCUGAGCUGAGGCUAUGGACUUGCGUUUACUGCUAGAACUAUGCAGAUAACUAAUACUGUACUACCACUGGAACACAAUUGUGCUUUUUGUUGAAUUGUUAUUGUACGUAGAGUUUAUAUUAUUGACACGGGAGGAAGUAUUCACAGCCCUGCGCGCUUGACUCAUAAGCUGACCAAUGCAGAGAUGUUGAGCUUGCUGUCAGAAAAUGUUUUGUCUCAUCGAGACGCAUUGCCUGGCGUUCUGUACCAAUAGCAUACCCUCACGUGGGCACCAUGUCGUGUUAGCAAAGGCACUUAUUGGAUUUGUUGAAAAUCUGUUGGUCCAGAGCAAAGUCAUACAUACUAUUUAGCUGUUGACAGCUGCGUACUCUAGAGACCUCUGUAAAUUAAGUCAGAGUAAUCUUGGUGUAACCUCAGUGAUAGAGCAUGUAUAUGCGAAGCUUGAUUUUUUUCUAUAUAUAUAAUUAGUAUUUGAAUCGGAGGCUGUCUGCUGGCCAGUAUCACUCAACAGCACUGCUUUUUAGCUGUCAGGCAUGUUACUUAAGGUUGGGAAAUGCUGACUCAUACAUUCCAAUUAAACGAACUUGUGAAAAGCGGCAGUCAAUCUUCAGUGGUUAUUGGCCUUCAAGGAAGCGUAUAAGAAGCUACCAGUUAAGAGCAUGUUACAUAGUAACUGUACUUUGGAUACAAAGAAAACUUGUGAUCAUAUGAAAAAAUUUCUUUUAUGAGUUUUUUGUUGGGUAGGGUUCAUUGUUUGCUUGUAUGCGAGUUUUCUAAAUAUGGUUGCUGUGCGCCAGUGGGAAAAUAUCGUUUUUUCUAAUGUCAGAAUAGCAGAUCAGGUAAUGUUGGAAAAGAUCAGAAAAAAAAAAGGGAAAGUAAAAUCUGUCUGCGCACUAACUUUUCAAUAAUUCCUGAUGCCAUUUUGAAAAUAAUAUUACUAGCACCUUUAGAAAACUUCGGGCUGACAGUGGCUGGGACCAGAGGCUAAUAAUUCUGGUUUCUGUGGGGGUGCUGUUGUAAGUUUUAUCAAGAGUGGUCCUGAGUGCUUCUAUUUGCACAAUGAAAUGACAACAGUCGCGCAGAGGUUGUGCAACUGUCUUCUUGCAGUUAUUAUGUAUUGUAAAGUUAGGGCUCCGUGUUUUCGGAUAAAUUCGAAAAAAUCCGAUAAGCACUCGCUGGUAAAAUUUUCGACAAUUUGGAUUUAUCUGAUAAACUUCAAUUUUAACGGCCAAUAUGACCCUGUUUCGUUCUUUAUCGAAUAAGCAUGUUCUAAGCGGUCACUGAUACAUUGGCUGGUUUGGCCGAUAUAAACUUUACCUCAUGCCAACAAUAUCUCGUAGACCACACCCAUUGCACACUUAACAAAGGGCUGUCACACUCGGAGCGAGAGACAUCAACGUACGGCACCCAGGAGCACGAGACAACAUCUUGAUAUAAGGUCCCCUGGCGGCACUGCGGCGCACCAGACGACAGCGAACGUACAUGCCUCGUAAAGUAUGUUUGCAUCUAUUACAACAAGCUUUAAGGUUGUAAUACACACAAACGUAGCAGUUUCGUAUUCAUGUACCUGUGCUUGUUUGUAUGUGUUUGUGCAUUCAAACCUCCCAGAAAACUAAAAUACGCUGCGUCUGUUCCGAUGUUUUCGUGUUCAGAUACCAUUACAUCUAAGGUAUUGGAGUGUUCAGAAUAAUGCAAAAUUGAACUCAGAAGUUCAGAGAAUUGAAGAUUUAUGAAAAAUAAACACUUAUAAAUGCCAAAUUUCCACCACUAAAUAAACUCCAUAAAACGCCCUCCGAAUUUCUAGAAAAAUAAACUCCGAAAAGACGGAGCCUUAUAUAUACGUAGUUCACAUUUCAGUCUUCAGGCAUCCUGAUGACAUAGGAGCGGGCAUUAGCAAAUCCUUCUCCAAGCCAGAGAUGACAAAUGAGAGUUGCCAACCAUCAUGGUAACUCAUGCAAAAGACAGAUGUUUUGAAAAGUGCAGGGUAGACACAUACGAGCAUUCCUGUACUUGAUGGCAUUUCCACUGCUGCUUUGUUGUAAUGAAACUUGAGCCAAAGUUUAACUUUCAGAUCAUAUUGAACUAUGUCAAAGCAUACCAACAAACAAUACAACCCACCAAACACCAAUUUCUGUCAUUGUGUCUGCCCAUAGGAGAACAUUUAUGCAGCUGUAUGUUAUGGGCAGAUUUUUUUAGCAGCCCCACUUUUAGCUCUCUUGUCAAGGCAAAUGUUACUGGUAACACUGACAUUUAGCACUAAACAAGAAAGUACAUUGUAUCAUUCAAAAGUAGAGCUCCGUAGUAACUUGUAUUUGCCUCCAUUUGCAAGACAUUCCACAUUUGGUAGUUCAGCUGUACUUUGAAUUACAGCAUCCUGGUGCUGUACCCUUUAACAGUCAUUUUCCUUCAUUCAGUUAACUCGCUUUUGUCAGUUGGAAUGAAAGUUGACUGUCGCCAAAAUGGCACACGCGCAGCCUAAUUAGUACUGCACUAAUAAACGUUGGUGUGAUUAGCCACUGAGCAGGAGAAAUGCAAAAAUAGUUAAUUGGGUAAAGAACAUUUACGAUUUCUAGCCCUUGCUGCUCAAGAUUAAAAAAAAAAAUUGUUCUUGUUGAAGCUGCACGAUGUUACAAAACCUGGGCAUGCAUAAUUAUGCACUCACUCAGCCUUUUUCAUGAUGUACGCACUUUAAAAAUGUCCAAUGCUGUCAGUGCUGUGGUAAAUUGUAACAAAUUGAAGGGAAGCUGAAGUGGUACUGCAACAGUACUUGCGAGGCGUGAUAAUAUUGAUGAAAAAUUGAACACUUCUCUGUUUGGAUCUACAAUUUCGUAUUAAGGCUUUAAAAAAUGAAAAGCCGAUGUACCUACUACAGGACCUCUUGCUAGUUGCCCAGCCCACACAUGACUGUCUUCGUCCCAUAUUUUUCUUAAUUUUCGUAAUAAGUAUAUUCAUAAGUUACAUAGGCAUGGCUGGUCUAAAGCAGUUUUUUGGUCAGGCACCACCUGUGGUCACCAUGUGUCGAUAUAUAAUCGUGAAACAAAUCUCUGUAUUGCAGAAUUGGCAUCCAGAUUUUAGUCAUUGUGGUUAUUGGUAUCAAUAUCUUGUUGGAAUCUUGGUGCCAAAUCCCCUUCAGAAAUGACCCAUAUUGAGAUAUGGGAAAGGUCUUCUUUCAAAUGGCGUCAGCUGAUAUUUUGUAUUUUGUACAAACUACCCCCCACUCCUAUCACCGUCCUGGCGAUUGCAGAAGUUAAUUUUCGUGACUGCGGCCCGCUAGCUAAGGUGAGCUUGAGAUCCUUGGCCUACUACAUCUAGCAACUCCUGUGCAUUGAGUUCGGGAAUAGUUGUGAUUGAAUUAGCACUCUGAGCUGCUAUAUGUUGUCAGAUGAAGCUCCCGUCCACACUUGUUUUCUGAAAUGGGCAAUAGCAAUAAUGUCAUUACUGCAGCUUAAUUAAAAAAAAGAUGCCAGGUGUGAAGCCAUGAUUAAAUUAUUUCAACAUUUUUAUUAACAGUCAGCAGUUUUUUGCUCCUGUAAGCGUUUAGACAUGCACAGUGUUUAUAGGUUAUGGAAAAGCUUUGUCAGAGUGUUGCAAAAAAAAAAAAAAAAGAGCUCUUCAGCUUCCCUUUAGGGCUGUUACACUUUCCCUUUGAACCGUCCAACAUUCACUUUGACAUUUACUGACUGCAAGCUGUAUAAAUUUGACUCGUUGAAUUGUAGCGUCAGUGACCACUGAACCUCUAGCAUGAUGAGCAUGUAAAAGCAUCGGAGUGCAUUGUGUCAGCAUCAAGAAACCUUUUGCUAUGUUACACGUCACAUCUGUUCAUGCUCUCAAAGUCUUGCACGACAGCUUCUGGCCUGUGAUUCAGGGCACCACCUAUCACAUAUAUUUGUGCCACAUUUGGUCCAUUGCUGCCAUUUGAAACCUUAUAGUAUGUCUGCUAGAUAUGAUCUGACUCACUGACAAGAAUUUCCUAAUCGUCUCUACGUAAAUGGGUGGAGACACUGAGCAGGCAUGUGGAUUUGAGAAUGUUUAAAAGAGUGAUUGAUUAAUUAGGUUCUUAAUACGCACCCACACACACACUAUUAGUGCAAAUGAAAGAAAGGGUCAAAAAGCUGGAUUGUGAAGAUAGUCCUUAAAAAAUCAUUUCUUCUUCCUGCAUCUUGGGCAAUCUUAUGCAUAUUUGAAAUGCUAUUAGUUGAGCUACUGCGAUGGCACCCUGUCUCAUCUGAUCCUUCAGCCUCUUUUAUUUUUAUCUUUUGUCUUCAAGUGAAGCAGCAAACAUAGUUGAUAAAAGAAUAUUUCAUGCUGCUCGGACACAGUGUGGAAACUGGAGCUUGCACACAUUAGCUUAUCCCUAACGAAUACUUGAAAUUGUGAAAGGGGUUUGUACCUAGCAUCUGGCUUUUACAUUUGCUGAGAGCACAUUAUUAAGAACACCCACCAUCCAAUCAUGCUGGCCUACCUGACUGCCAGUGGGGCUGACUUGUCUGGUUUGUCCAGCUAGCCAGUGAUAUGACGUCCAUGGCAUUUGCUGGUCAGUCAGUUACACAACAUUCUCGCAUCACAUUGUCUCGGUGAAUGUUAUUUAAUUUACAGUAUGUAGUUCGCAACAUGCAGAAAAAAAGAUUUCAAGAUGCAGUACACAAUCAUAGUAAAAUUAGCAUCCAAAGUUCGGCUGUUUUCUUAAACAGAAGUGAUCCAUAUGCUGCAUCUAGCAGAAUUAUGUCAACAGAGGCAUUCAUGUCUGAUCUGUGCCACAUGUUGUCAUUCACGCCACUUAUGGUUACUAAUGGGAAAUAUAAAUAUAUAUUUAGUUGCAAGAUUGCAAGGAUAGGAGGGGGUGGGGGUAUGUUCUGUAAGAGUCCGCCAAGUGGACUGCUAUGGAAUAACCCUCCAGUUCUCAUGGUGAAAGUUGACUCCCGAUCUACGGGCUUCAUAUGUCGUUACAGCCACAAGGCAUCUCUCAUUCACUCAACUCUUUCUGCAGUCCACUCAGACUGUCUCAUAGUGCUUAGAGAGUCUCAAAUGCAAGCAGUCGGCAAAUACUUAGUCAUACAUCCAGAAUUACCGAAGUGGCAGCACUGUGACAUGCACGUUUAAUGCAUUGAUUGCGCUCAAGCUGUUCAUUCCAUUUUGUUUAUAUUCCUCUCGACUUCUGCCUUCAGUGCAAAGUGUGCUUUUAUCCAAUGAACUUGACUGAAUAGAGUGGCCCACAGUUCCUUCAAAGAGUUGAACUAGUCUGUUUCUCAUCAUUUUAUUUUUCUUGGUAUGUUUCAAGACCUGUUCAAUGCAAAGUUACAUAAUAUGAUGUUGCAAGAGUACCUUUAACACUUUAACUGAAAGUGUGUUCCGUCAGUGUACACCGGUGUUUUAUUAAAGGAAAGCGGUUACCAUUAAUUAUG